AUGAUGAUCAUGUUGCGGAGGUGGGUCCUCACAGGCUCAGGCUUCUCACCAGCAGGGGCAUUGCUUUCCUGUUUACAAAGCAAAUUAGAGGAUGCAGAUGCUCGAGCUGUGAGGACCCACCUCCGCAACAUGAUCAUCAUGCCAGAAAUAAUAGGAAUCCUUGUGGGGAUUUACAACGGAAAGAUGUUCAACCAGGUUGAGAUCAAGCCUGAGAUAAUUGGCCACUACCUUGCGGAGUUCUCCCUCUCCUACAAGCCAGUCAAGCACGGGAGGCCCGGUACUGGUGCCACGCACUCUUCAAGACUCUUGAUUCCAACCUACGGCCCUAAUGGCUCAUCUCCGUCCGGCAUGAAUCAGGCGCCAACAGUAGCUGCUGCACAAGCGCCAUCAGCAACCGCUGCUCUUCUCCUCAAGCAAGUACUGUUGCAGCAUUACUUUCAAGAUGUGAGAGCAAAGCGAACCAUCCUUAUCAAACUUGCAGCAUAUGCAUGA